UUCUCCAGCGAGAAGACCUUGCAGACUUCCUGUGGGCAGAACGUGGGCUUUGGUCACUUUUCCAGUGUGGGGCAGGAACGGCCGCUGGCUCUGAGCUCCCACUCGUCUCCAGCUCUGGGGGCAAUGGCUCACCUGGCCGGGAACCAGGGAGUAAACUGGAGGGCUGAGGGGUGCUUCCGGCCAGGGCCAGGCCUCUCGUGGAUUUGGCUGUUUCUUUCCUUGGUCCCAUCCAGAAACCACUCAGGGCACGCAGUGCUGAUUGACCUAGCAGCAGGGAGCGGACCCCCCCGCCGCCGCCCCCAGUCACCUGCUCCUUGUCCCCAAGAGCCUGCCCUACUAAGUUCUCUGCUGAGCUGGGUCGAACGAGGUGGGAGGGAUACAACGCCAUGCCAGGGGUACAGGAGGGUUCGAGCGGUAUACUGGGGAGACAGCGGGCCUCCCGGUGGCGGGGUUCCUCGGAGAGGAGAGAGGAGCGGGUGCAGCUUGGCGCGGACGCUGGAGCCCUGGGAACCGAAGAGGCCCGCGCCUGCGUAGGAGGAGACCUCGGCGUAGCUGGAGUCGCCAAGGUAACCCUGACGCGCUGGCCAUGGCCUUCUGGGCUGGCGGGAGCUGGGGUCACCUCCCAUGGCAGAGCGCAGCCCCGACGCCCUGGGUGCCCGUGGUGCAGCCCCUCCCGUGGACCGUCCCAGCUCAGCCCCCGCCGCCCGGCCGCGUGAAGGAAGGUGAGACUCCAGGAUCACCCGACACCCCUCUGCACACUCUCCCCGCUUCCUCGCCUCCAGGGCGGGGCGUCGGGAAAGAGGCCACCGCACCCGCUCGCAGCUUCUGCACCCCCAGGGCGGGGCGUCGGGGAGGAGGCCACUCGGUAGGGGAAGGGGGUACCGGGAAGGGAGCCCUGGCGAAGGCUCCGCGUGAACUUGCUGAACCCGGCCCAGACCUGCUGGAGCUGAUGCUGCUGCAGAGCGCGCAGGUGCACCAGCUGCUGCUGAGCGGCCUGGCGGCCACGGCGCUACACUCCCAACCCCGCCCACCCGGAUUCGGCGGCCCGCCCGGCCAGCAGGUGUGUGGGCUGGGGUCCAUCUGGGGCGCCCCCUGUCCCCUGACAAGGUCAUCUCCCCCCUUUGCACAACCCCAGGUAUACCUGGAGGGUGAACAGGAAGAGUCUGAUGAGGAGGAGGAGCUGGAAGCCCUGGGGGAAGGGCCUCUGGUGUUCCACCACCACUACCUGCCCUCCCCAGGGCCCUCCCCAGGACCCCUGCUGCCCUGGCCAGCCCCGUUCCUCCCUCCUCCCCUGUGCCAGCCCCUCUUCCAGGACGUGCCCAGGGUUCAGCACUGCCCUCCUGCCUCUGGGAGAAGGAGGAUGAGAGCCGUGCCCCCACCCCCGCCCCCCAGUGCCACCGGAACUGUGGGAGCCGAUGUCACCCCGGUAGGGCUGGGCCAUGGGAGACUAGCCCCGCCCCUUUUUCUCCUUGGGGUCCGUGAGGCCAAAGAUUCUAUUAGGGGUGCUGUCUCCGCAGACUACUAUGAUGCCGAGAGCCUGCCAUGA